CCUCCUUGGUGGAUCUGUGAGUUUUCCAAUAAACCACCGGAGUGAGAAAUAAGAAGAAGACGACGGCGACGAAGAUGAGUUCAUCGACGGCUGUUCGAGAUUUGCAGAAAGACCUAGAAAACAAGGCCAAUGAUCUCGGCAAAAUUCAGAAAGAUAUCGGGAAGAAUCACCAGCUGAGGAAGAAGUAUACGAUCCAACUCGGUGAGAAUGAGCUCGUGCUUAAGGAGUUGGAUUUGCUGGAAGAAGAUGCAAACGUUUACAAAUUGAUUGGUCCGGUGCUAGUGAAGCAGGAUUUGGCUGAAGCAAAUGCAAAUGUUCGUAAACGGAUUGAGUACAUCUCUGCUGAAUUGAAACGGCUUGAUGCAAUUCUUCAAGAUAUGGAAGAAAAACAAAACAACAAGAGAGAAACGAUAAUGAAGUUACAACAAAGGCUACAAUCUAUCCAGGCAGGAAAAGCAAAGGCUUGAUUGAGCUUGCAACCACUUUUGUUGAACCCCUUUCCCUUGUGCUCGGCCUUAUCUCAAUGGUGUCAUAUUCAGUUACUGAGGGUUCUUGUGGUUUCAGUUUUGUGGUUAUUGAUGUCUCUUUGUGUCUCUAAUCUUUUUUGUUGACUACUAAACUUGAGUGUGUAAC